AAUGUAUAUUUAUUUUAAGAACUGAACAAAAUUUGCUGUGUAGAUACGUGGUUCAGACAGAAACGGGACGAUUUGCCAUCGCCAGACAGAACAGAUUUUUCUCAAAAAAUCUCAAAUGAAAAGGAAAACGAAACACGAGGACAACAAAAUUCCAAGUCUGAAAUUUUUUUCUGUAUUGAACGCGUCCGCUUCUAUUACUUUUUUCUAUGAAUGGUUGUCAAAUUCUUAACUACUUUCUAUUUCGCAAAAAGUGUUAAAAGCAUAAACAAAAAACACUAUUUUUUGUUUAUGGUUAAAAGUUUUGAAGAAUAAAAAAUGCCUCACUAUUGCUGCAUUAAUGGAUGCAAAAGCAUAAGUUCCAAUGUACCAGGAGGUUGUGUUGGAUUCUUUGCGUUUCCAAGCGUUCGGACACGAGGCGGAACCCUGGCGGAACUGGCCAUCGAAAGAAGAAAUCGUUGGUUUAAAGCUAUUAAUAAAAAAACAUUGAACACAAACAGUGCUCGGGUAUGUUCAAAGCAUUUUAUUUCUGGUAAGUGUGCCAAACUUCAGGAUAACCACAACCCUGACUGGGUUCCUAGCUUAAAUCUAGGACACGAAACAGUUCCACUUGUUCCCGAAAAUAUUUUAAAAAUCGAAAUGUCUGAACCGGAGGAAAGAGAAAUCACAUUUGAAGAAAUAGGAAUUUUUUCAAAAAACACUCCUCAAGCUGACAAAAUAAAAAAAAUGAUCAAUCUUAAUUUAAAAAUUAAGAGAAUUCCAAAAGCUACUAUUAAAGAAAUACAAACCCCAGAUAAACCAAAACCAACCCCAAAAAAGGAAAAAAAGAAAAUAGAACUUAUUCCAACGCUUUGCAAUGGGACAUCAUGCCCCUCCACAGAUGAAAUUAUGGAUGCCAUUGAUGAAUUGCGUGAUCUUAUCAAAAAAAAUUGUAAAGAAACACACGAAAUACGCCAAGAGAUAUAUGGUAUUAAAGAGUCCAUCGCUCUUAAUGAUAAUCCAAGUUAUGUUCCAUUUAUGAGGGGACCCUGUCAAACUUUCGAUGAUCUUAACUUACUUGAAAAUAGAGUUUCUGAAGAUGAAAUCUCAAGAAAAGCUUUGGAAACUUUAUUGGAUAAAAUUCCUGAUCUCACAUUGGAUAAAUACGUUCGUUCUUGCGCUAGAGCAAUUUUUGGCGAUAGAGUAGCAGCGCAGUGUUCGUGGCGUGCUAGAAAAAAUACAGACAAUGUAUCGGUGCAAGAUAUGACCAUUAUACGUAUUAUUUGCGAUUGUAUCCGAAAAAGAUUUCCUACAGCUAGCUCAUCACUGAUAGGUUCGUUGAUAAAAGAGUGGUUCUUGCGCUCACAUGAGCGUUGGCGAAAGUCAGCCGAGGCGAAACAUUUAAAAUCUGAAGUUGAAGCAGCAAUAAAAAAUAUUCCAUAACUAAAUGUAUUUACAAGGAAAAUAAGUAAAAUCAAAUCUGAUGAUUUCCUUGAGAAACUCUGAGAAAAAGUGUCUCCAUUAUUGAGAAGUGUAUUUUUAGUCUGUAUUAGAUGUAAUAAUAAUAAAAUAAAUGGUGUUUAAUUUUUGUA